CUCGUGUCAAUGCCAAGGACAAUAUGUGGCUGACUCCGCUCCAUCGAGCAGUUGCUUCAAGAAGUGAAGAAGCCGUGCAGGUGCUCAUCAAGCACUCGGCCGAUGUCAAUGCCCGGGACAAGAACUGGCAGACGCCGCUGCACGUGGCAGCCGCCAACAAGGCUGUGAAGUGUGCGGAGAUCCUCAUCCCCCUGCUGAGCAGCGUCAACGUGUCCGACCGCGGCGGGCGCACGGCGCUUCACCACGCCGCCCUCAACGGCCACGUCGAGAUGGUGAACUUGCUCUUAGCCAAGGGGGCAAACAUCAAUGCUUUUGACAAAAAGGACAGAAGAGCUCUUCACUGGGCAGCGUACAUGGGUCACCUGGAAGUUGUUGCCUUACUGAUUAAUCAUGGUGCAGAAGUGACUUGUAAAGACAAGAAGGGUUACACCCCACUUCAUGCAGCUGCCUCCAAUGGGCAGAUUAACAUUGUGAAACAACUCCUUAACCUGGGGGUGGAGAUUGAUGAGAUGAACAUCUAUGGAAAUACUGCACUUCACAUUGCCUGUUACAAUGGUCAGGAUUCUGUUGUUAAUGAGCUGAUUGACUAUGGUGCUAAUGUAAAUCAGCCUAAUAACAAUGGAUUCACCCCCUUGCAUUUUGCUGCUGCCUCCACUCAUGGAGCACUGUGUCUCGAACUACUAGUGAAUAAUGGGGCAGAUGUUAAUAUUCAGAGUAAGGAUGGAAAGAGCCCCCUGCACAUGACAGCUGUCCAUGGGAGGUUCACGCGGUCGCAGACCCUCAUCCAGAACGGAGGGGAAAUCGACUGUGUUGAUAAGGAUGGUAACACCCCUCUGCACGUGGCUGCAAGAUACGGACACGAGCUUUUGAUCAACACCCUCAUAACCAGCGGAGCCGAUACUGCCAAGUGUGGGAUCCAUAACAUGUUCCCUUUACACUUAGCAGCGCUGAAUGCCCACUCAGACUGCUGCAGGAAAUUGUUGUCAUCGGGCUUUGACAUAGACACCCCCGACAGCUUCGGAAGAACGUGCCUGCACGCGGCCGCUGCUGGAGGUAAUGUAGAAUGUAUAAAACUCUUGCAAAGCAGUGGAGCAGAUUUUAAUAAGAAGGACAAAUGUGGAAGGACACCUUUGCACUAUGCAGCUGCAAAUUGUCAUUUCCACUGCAUUGAGACUCUGGUGACAACAGGAGCCAAUAUAAAUGAAACAGAUGACUGGGGACGCACCCCUUUGCACUAUGCUGCUGCUUCUGACAUGGACCGAAAAAGAAAGAAUAUUUUAGGUAACUCCCAUGAAAAUGCUG